AUGUCGGGAAAGCUUAGUGAACUUAAAGAAAAGCCAGGGUUUUCUUAUUUCAUCUCCACACCUUGCGAAGAUUGGGACGCGCUUGAAUAUCACCGGGAAUGGCAGGCAAAGAAAUAUGAAAUGAGUAAGACCAAAGUUAAGACAGCAAUCACCCGACAACUUGAGUGGUUUAUGGAAAAUGGAUCAAAGGAAGAGAAAUCAACAGCAUCGAGAACGUUGAAGCAGUUUCAGAAUGAUUCGAAUUCUGGCGGACGUAUCCAUGAUUUCUGGGCGGUCAUUUUUGCAGAUGAAAAAGCGGACUUCAAACAGAAAUUAGUUGAUGCAAAAGUUCGUGAAAUACAGUCGGAUAAAUGCUUGAUCAUGAAUAAAAGGUCUCUUGAUGUCUUGAAAGAGACGGUAGUGGAACAUAAUGAAGCAUCGGUAACAUUGGCUGACUUUGCUCGUGACGGACAGGAUGUCAGAAAAAGAAGAAAGCAGUAUCACCAGUUGGAUGGAUAUACCACUCCCUCCCCGGAUCCAGUGGAUGAUUUACACAUGGGAGAGACUAAUGUGUCUCUACUUUUUAGAAAUUAUCAGAAUCAGUCGCUAAAUAUCGCAAGGGACAAGGGCUUAUUUGUAGAAUCAAAU